AUGGCAUUAAUAAAGCUUUCCCGGAAGAAAGAGUUGUCGCCAACUCACGACUCGUCCGGGGAAGGAAGCGACAGAAGAGAUUCUUUACACAGGGUGGAAUCGGCGGCAUCAAUUCAGUCUGCUGGAUCCCAUAGUAAAUUCAAGACCCUUUUCAAAAGCAACAAAGCGGGCAAGGGCCAUGGAAACGACGAUGUAGAGAAAUUAACGAAGCAUACAAAGGGUCUCUCUAUCGAUGAGCCAGUAGAUUCUCGACGCAAACCGAGUAGCCGUCCAGUAAGUACGAUCGUGGAGAACAUUGAUGAUGACGACGACGGUGAGUUUGAGUCAGACUUUGAGUCAGAUCUGCUGGAUGGGGACGGACUGGUUUCUGAUACGGAUGAUAGCGAGUUGGAGGAGAUACACACUCAUGCAAUAAAAAAGCACGGCAAAGGUUUGGAGCAAAAGUCUCAGCUUUCGACUUUGAUGGGCUAUUGUGGUUUGGGAACGGUGAAUCAAGCAUCCUUGACACAAGCAGCCAAUGAGGAAUCCAAAAGGACAUUCUCCUUGCUUGACAAUGAACUGAAAAUUCACCCAUUAUCAUGCACUACUAAAAAGGACGACCCUCGUCUCUUUGUCUCCGCAAUUGGUGACGAUCAAGUGGCACAGCUCAACCAUUUGACAAGCAAAUUGUCCAAAAUCCUAGAACACAAGGAAAGCAUCAAGGAUCAGGAAGAGAUCCUUUCCAAAAGCAGGACUCUCUAUGAUAAAUACGGCACUGUGAGCAAAGUUAUUGGACGAGGCGCCUACGGUCUCAUAAAGAUCAUAGACCCGGACCGUAAAAACGAAUUACCUCAGUUCCCACCAAGCCACCGGCUUUAUGCUGUAAAGGAGUUACAAAAAAGACCGAAUAACGAUUCGAGGGAUAGGGAAACCAAGGAAAAGUUCAUUGAGAGAAUUCUUUCAGAGUUUAUCAUAUCGUCCACAUUGAACAGUCGUCAUAUUGUCAAGACCAUAGACUUGAUGUAUACUCUACCUCCAGUGGAGAACGUGAAGAAAUACUGGGCUGAAGUAGGAGAGUACUCCAAAAUUAGUCAAAUCAUGGAAUGCACACCAGGAGGCGAUCUAUUCACGUACGUUACGACAAAAACAGACAUCAAUAAUCAAAGCAUAAGGCACGUCUCAGUCGACGAGAACGACUGUUUCGUGAAACAAAUAUCACGCGGCUUAUGGUACAUGCAUCAACAUGGAGUGGCACAUUGCGAUUUGAAGCUUGAAAAUGUUCUCGUGAGUUACGAGCCGGCUCCAAAAGAUUCUCCAACACAUACGAGUAUCACAUUGAAGUUGUCAGACUUUGGCAAGUCAAAUGUAGUGCAAACUAAGUGGGAUAAGGCCGAGCAACUUAUUCCUUACAGUACUGGACCAAUAGGAUCCGAACCAUACAUUGCUCCUGAAGAAUAUGGGAGCGGAAAUAAAGAAAGUUCUGGUUAUUCUGCCAAGAAGAAGGAUAACUGGGCGCUUGGAGUGCUAAUCUUGACACUUUUCAAUAUUCAAAAGAGCUUGUACAUGAGCGCUGACACCCCUGGGGCAUCAGUUCUUGAACAGUUUGGAAACGGCUACGUUUGGCAUAGCACAGAGUCAAAAGGUAAACUUAAAGGAGAAGUGAGAUACAAGGACAAGGUUUUUGAUGAAUACGUCAAGCAGCGUAUGAUUGCCGACUAUGACCAUAAUACGAAAGAGUGGCUCGUUCACCGAAAAGGAACCUUUCCUCCUGUUGAAACUCUUUUCGGUUAUCUGAGCGAAGAAGACGACGACUCUUCUGAUGAUGAAGAUGAAAAAGAGUUUUGCGAGUUAAGAAAAAUGCUCCUAUACUCGCUACUCGAUAUCAACCCAUCGACAAGACUCACCGUCGACAAAUUCCUAAAAAGCGAUUGGAUGAAGUCUAUAGACACUUGCAUUUAG